UCAUGUGGCGUCGCCCACAGGCAAACCUUGGAGAGGAUCAUGUCUUCACCAGAGAGCUCAUACAAAGAACUAAAUCAUACACAAGGGGAUCCAAAAGAAGGGCCAGGAAAAGAAUUGCAUUCCAAUAGCAAUCAUGGCAGGUCACACUUGGGAUACAGAUGAAGAGAAAGGAACGGCAAAUGAAGAAGACUUGCCCCAGAGGAUCCUAAAGACCACCGUGUUUACAGCACAAUGUCGAAAUGAAGAGCGCUGAAUUAAUGGGACAAACAGCACAGCCAUUGAGGACAACAUAUCCUCUGUCCAUCUCAGUGCUUGCCAGCACUUCUCUGCCUCAGGGUCCACAUUUGGCAUUGGUCCUGUUAAUCUUUACGCAACAAGCCAGCACCGGGACUGUCUCUUAUGUCCUCUCUGACGAUGUGACAGGGAUAGUGUUGAUGCCGCAGCUGCUGAUGAUGAUAUCUUACAAUGGCCUGUUACAAGUCUGAUAUUCCUGCUGCAGUGUUCUUGUCUGUUAAAGCAGCAGGGACAGAAGGAGCUGGUCUGCUGCGCCGUCUGACACCUUUGUUGGCCAUGACUUGGUAAUCCUUCUCUAACCUUUUUGUUACAGAUGCAGUCACCUGCCACUCACAGGAGACUGAUGCCAGAAAACUGAAAGUUUCGACAGCUUUUUCUGCCUGCACUCAGGAGACACUUGAGGAAUGGCUCAGAAACUGUGACUGGAUGUAAACUCAGAGGAAUUCAUCGUGCUGCUGGGGACCAUGCAGACAACAGGAGGAAUCCAUCCACAUCGUCAGCCCGGGGGACUUUAGCUUGGUUGUUACUGUAAAGUGUUUCUAAUAUUGAGUGUCCGUCAGAGUGAAGGAAUCAUGGCAAGUAUGGCAGUUCAACUCCUCGGCUUCUUCUUGGGCCUGUUGGGGUUUGGAGGAACUGUAGUUGCGACUGUGCUCCCACAGUGGCGCAGCAAUGCCUAUGUGGGCUCCAACAUCAUCACAGCUACCGGCUACAUGAAAGGCCUGUGGAUGGAGUGUGUAUGGCACAGCACUGGCAUUUAUCAGUGUGAGGUGUACAGAUCUCUGCUGUCACUGCCACAAGACCUGCAGGCUGCCCGGGCCCUCAUGGUGCUCUCCUGCAUCACCUCAGUCCUGGCUUCUUUGGUGUCUGCGAUGGGGAUGAAGUGCACCCGCUUUGCCCGUGGCUCAUCAAUUAAGUCUCCAUUGGUGCUUAGUGGGGGGGUUUGUUUUGUCUGUGCUGGCCUGCUCUGCCUGGUCACUGUGUCCUGGACCACAAACGACGUCGUCAUGGAGUUCUACAACCCCUUCCUUUCCAACGGGAUGAAGUACGAGAUCGGCCUGGCCGUGUAUCUCGGAUAUGCCUCAGCCUGCCUCAGUCUGAGCGGAGGACUGGUACUGUGCUGGAGCAGCUGUGGUAACAGAUCACGGGGCCCCCUCCCAAUGCAGAGGACUCAACCAUCAUCACGUCCCCCUGCCUUCAACAACAUUUAUCCUCCUCCUCCUCCUCCUCCUCCACCCUACAAGCGCCCUGAAGCCCUUAGGGACAAUCGUGCUCCUUCACUCUGCUCCCUUUCCAGCAACGGCUACCGGCUCAAUAACUACGUCUAAAACUGGACGAAACAAUAGCACAGUAACUUAAAAGCCACAAAGGCUGAAAGAAAAAAGACUUAAAAGAUCAAAACUGCCACUUAUUUUUGAUAUUUUUUCAGCUUUAUAUCUGUAAUUGUCUUUAUUUUUAUAGGUUUUUACCUGUAAACAUCUGUAUUUGUCUUAACCGCAUGGUACAUAACCAUGUUUGUUCAAACUCUUGACGCCAACUUUGAAAAGACAUCCUAAUUUGACCACCAUAAACGUGGUGCUGUGAACCUGAUAGACCAGAAGAUGGCAACAUUUGACUGCAAAAGCUACAGAAGGGACUACGUCAGAGUCCAUUCUCUUUGCUGUAACAAACAUGUUAAUGGAUAACAAUUGUUCUGCCAUGUCCUUGUUGUAAACUACCUUGGUGUUGAGAUUUACUUUUUAUGAACGCCAAUUCUUAGGUCAUAGUUUUGAAGGACAUUGUUCUUUAUUAUCUCAACAUUCAAUAUGUAAUGCAAAAAAAUAAAAUAAACAACAAAUGUCUGUUUCUA